CCUAAUUGUUGUGAUAAACUUAUUAAAUAGAGCAUGUCCAAGUGGAGGGCUUGUGUCUUCUGGCUGAAGGAAAUUGGGUUCCUCCCAAGCAAGCAUAGAAUCCUCAGGACAGAUACAGUUCUUUCCGAUCUUGUCGACUUACUGCAAGAUGGCUCAGUUUUGUGCUACGUUCUCCACUUCAUCGACCCUUCUUCCAUUGAUAUCAGACGCGUACAUAACCACAGCUAUGGAUCCGAAAUAUCUUCAGUUCGCAAUGCGAAUCUCUUCCUUCAGGCGUGUAUAGACGUUUACAAAAUACCGAAGUCAUGCCUUUUCGAAGCGUCUGAUCUUUUCAAUCGGGUCAAAUUCGAGAACGUACUGAGCUCUCUUAAUGAAAUUUCGAAAUCAUCUCAUUAUAUUGCUUCAAGAAUAUCCUCUGGUAAGAGCCCCACAUCGUUCGAGUUGUCUGUAGAAGAAAGUGAUAACUACUCAGACCUAGAGGAUAAAAUAUCAGAUUUGAAAAUUGAAGAUGAAGACACUAUCUAUGGCCAAGUUGACCACGAAAGUGAGGACAUAUACGACGAGUUGAUUUACUCCCGGUAUAAGGGUCUGGACGCGUUCGAUGAUUCAAGUGAAGAACGUCCUCUAACCAGAGACAAAAGGUCAUUGAUCAUCAAUGAGUUAGUGGAAACAGAAAAAGAGUAUGUUCGCGUGUUGGAUGUUAUUGUAAAUCAUUACUGCAAUAAUCUGAAAUCGAUAGUGCCCCAAGACAAAUUGUUGAAAAUAUUUUGCAAUGGAACCAUCAAUAAUUUGCUAGAAUAUCAUGCCGGUCUGUUUGACGACAUGAGAAAUGCCGUUGAUUCUGGGCAUCCUGUAGCAGGAACACUUAUUGUGUGGCAACCAAAAUUAGCAAAUUACGCCCACUAUUUUGCUGCCCUUGAUGACGCUAUGAGUACUAUUGAAAGCUGUUCAAAAGACGCCGUAUUUCGAAAAAGACUAGAUUAUUUGAAAGAAACAGCUGAUAUACAGCAAUGUAGAUUUAAUUUGAGUGAUGUUCUGCGGGUUCCAGGACAGCGAAUUCUGAAGUACCAUUUGUUGAUCGACAGUCUUAAAAAAGCGAUUCCAACCGAAGAUUUCCAUGAGUUGAGUACAACUGAAACAGCCUGUGAAAAGCUCAAAGAUCUGAACUCUUAUAUGAAUGAGUCAAAACGAGAUGCUGAACUGAAGCGUAAACUGAUGACCUUAAGAGAAUCAAUUCAAGACGCAGAGCUAUUUAAAGACGUUUUGUGCUACGGUAAAUUGGUCAAAGACGGGGAACUGAAAGUCAAGUUCAACUCUGAAAGCACCAUGAAAAAAUGCCACGUUUUCCUGUUUCAAAGAGGGUUGCUUUUCUCAAAAGAUCGCUCCGAUUUUCUUUCAAGUAGCAAGAACUUUGAGUCCAAGUUCAAAGCGCUUUUCUCUGAAUAUGACGUCGAUGAAAACAACACCCAAUUAACAUUCAUAAUUUUGAAACAUAAGUUUGAAGGAAACAAGCAUGUGACGCUAAUUUGUAAAAAUUCAAAUUUCCAGUCUGACUGGCUGAAUUGCAUCAAAGACGCGUCUGCGUCAUCCGACCGAGACAAACUUUGUUUCAACAGACAUCAGUUUGAAUUAGCCAGUUUCAUCGAAGUCAAAAAGUGCUACUUUUGUGAUAAACUGCUCAAGGGUGCUUUUUGUCAGGGCUACAGAUGUCGCAAUUGCCAAAACUUGUCUCAUAGAGAGUGCCUUGCCAGACACGCCAUUUGUCGGAGUCGCCGAAUAUCCAGAGAUCCGCAACUAACGACAGGACAUAAGCCAAUGCUAGUGGUCAAGCCACAGCCACAAUCUGAGCAUUUCAGUAGCUGGAAGAACGGACCAAGUACAGUCUACCAAGCAACCAUGCCUUUGAACCAACCAGAAUGUCUCUUUAUUUUACCAGGAGAAGUCUUCGAGGUAUUUCACGACGACAUGGAUUGCCAUUUUGGUUUAAAAGCUCGUAAAAUGGAAACAGGGGAAUUCGGCUACGUUCCGAUGGAGUACAUACAACUCUUGAACAAACCGAAUCCAAACCUUGACCUCACAGACUCAGUGGAUGCAAGCUCGGGAUCUCCGAAGAGACAUAGUUUCGAGGAGUCUUUAAAAGAUUAUCCGUGGUUCACGCAUGUGCAAAGCAGAGAAACUUCCUCCAAAAACUGUCUGAUCUGCCCUGAUUCGACCUUUUUGGUGCGUAAAAGCGAAUCUGCCAUGACGUUUGCCUUGAUGGUUCAUCACAAUAAAGUGGUCCGUAAUAUUAGGAUUGAGACGAACCACGAAGGACGAUGGUAUGUGGCUCCAGAGAUAAACUUUCCCACUAUCCCCGACCUGGUCGAUUUCUAUCAGUGCAAUAGCCUUCAAUCGAACUUCCCCCAGCUACCUACUACUCUUGUCACGCCCUUCUACGAGGGUGUACAGAAACUUAAAUCGCAGCUUUUGAAACCCGUGCAACCUGGAAACAAAACGCCGCUUUACGUUGGACUGGGGCAAAUGAUCCAGUCGCAUAAGUCAACUGACAGUCGCGAAGUGGACGUUGCUGUCGGCGAAAUAGUAAAGAUCGUUAGUUUUUACAGCUACAGCGUUUCCUUUUGUAGUGUAGAAGUUCUUAAAAAAUACGAGGUCAAUAAUCGGGAUCCAGAAUACCUACCGGUCAGAGGAAUUGUGCCGAACAGCAAGGUCAAAGUAUUUUGACCCGAGAGUGUUACGAAUCAAAAUGGUAUACUAGAAUCUGCGCUUGAUAGUCACUCGCCAAAUGCUUCAAACAUUCUACAUAUUUGCAUAUUAACUCUUCUAAUUUUGCUGAUCACAUAAAAAACUUAAAAACUGUCUUCACGAAGUUUAAACAAUCGUUGCGGCAAAUCAAAAUGAAACUGCUGGUUUUAUACCAAAUUGAAAGUCAUUCGGUGCUAAUAGCUAUUUUUUUUACUUAAGCGGAUCAUGGUGGCUCGAUAGUUGAGAGCAGAGAGAUUGAAUACAUAUAGUUUAGAAGGUAGAUUUGUAGCUAUUCCAUUACUAAUUUGCAAUGCGAUUUAUAAUGGUACUUAUGCAUCCUAGUUUAUCCCAAUAACAUAUACUGCGCAUUUAUGAUUCCCAGGGUGACCAGACACAAGCAUGUUUUGCUAGUUAUUAUUCCAUUUUGAAUUGUCAUUUCUUUCCAAUUAAAGAGCUGUUUGAAACUAGAUAGAUUUGGAGAUGGAAAUUGAUUUCCAGAAUUGAGCACUUGAGAAACGGUUGUUUCAGGUGCAGCUGAUGAAAUAAUUUCACUGGGCUAAAUUUUGAUCAAAUUUUCUACCAGGGAAUUGUAAAAAUUAUUCCAACCGUUAGUUUUUGUAAGUGGUCACCCUAUUUCGGAGCUUUGACGUUGGAAUAAAUAAAAACCUUAGAUUUUGAUGAAAAAUUGAUAUUAGUCGCUUCAAAGCUAUAGAUUUAAAUGUAUUCAAUUUGGUAACUUGUUUUAUGAAGCUUCAAUAAUGGCAUGGUGCAAAUAAUACUGUAGAUACAUGUUUUUGUCGUCGUUUUAGAUGCGUUAUUUAAAAUUUACUACUGCAAAUUUCAAUUGAUAC